AUGGCCGAGCAAACAAAGAAUAACGCUCCUCCUUUUCACUUCACCGACUUGAGGCUUACUAGGCCCGUCCGUAAAGAUGAUCCGUUCGAAUACCAGAGCGGCUUUGGGAAUCACUUCCAGUCCGAGCUUAUCCCCGGCACUUUGCCACUGGGACAGAACCAUCCCCAGAUCUGCCGCUUCAAUUUGUACACGGAAGUGUUCACCGCGUCUGCCUUUGCUGCACCCCGUUCUGCGAAUCAGAGCUCUGUUUUGUACCGUUGUCGACCAAGCUGUGCAAUUGAUGGCCACGUGGAUGUGGAAACAAGGUCCGCCUGGCAAAGUUGCUUUCUAGCCACCAACAAAGCUGUGAGUUCCAUUGCCUCGCAGGCAGAGUGGGCACCUUUUGAGCUUCCCAAUGAGAAGACGGACUUCAUCGAUGGCAUUCGCACGGUUGGGGGUAAUGGAGAUGCUAGCUUGCGUGAUGGAAUCGCCCUGCACAUCUACGCCAUAAAUGCUGAUAUGAAUCGUCGAGCUCUUGUCAACGCAGAUGGUGAGUAUAUGCUGGUUGCUCAACUUGGCCAUAUCAUCUUACAGACUGAGAUGGGCCGUUUGUACCUUCAGCCCGGCGAGAUCGCAGUCAUACCACGGGGCAUCAAACACCGAAUCUCUCUCGCCAAGGGGGAUGAACAUGCCCGCGGCUACAUGAUUGAGCUGUUCGGUUCAUGCUGGGAGCUGCCGACGCUUGGUCCCAUUGGUUGCAGCGGCUUGGCCAAUCCCCGCGACUUCCUCUCGCCCGUGGCUUUCGUGGAUGACGAAUUGGACGCUGAGUGGUUGGUCUUCACAAAGAUCACCGGCAAGUAUUCAGUCCAUCGUCAGGACCAUAGUCCCUUUGAUGUUGCAGCCUGGCAUGGUAACAGUGUUCCCUACAAGUACGACUUGACCAAGUUCGUCAGCGUGUCCUCUGUUUCUGUGGAUCACACAGAUCCUUCUGUAUUCACUGUCCUCACGGCGAAAUCAAGAGAUCCGGACACACCACUUGUGGACUUCUUGUGGUUUGGACCGCGUUGGGAUGUUGCUCAGAAUACCUUUCGACCGCCUUUCUUCCACCGAAAUGCGGCUUCCGAGUUUUUAGCCAAUAUCUACUCCGAGUCUGCCGGCGCCGGUCGUUCAGCAGGCUUCCGACCUGGCGGAGGAAGUUACGAGGCUGGUCACAUUGCACACGGCGGCUUCUCGCAACCAUACUUGACCGAGAUGAGGCGGAUGAAGAACGAACCAAGAAUUAUUUCUUCGGGUGAGAAUUCCAAGUCACCUACAUGA